AUGGAUCGCCUUCUCAAUGCUUCCUCUCUCUAUCUCAAUCACUCAUACACUAACCAAACCCUUGGCCCCUCCCACACAGAGGAAGAGUGCCCCUCCCCUGCCCUGGGUGUUCUAUUCCUGGUUGCCAUAGAAAUUGUAACUGCCGUGAUUGGCUUCUUUGCCAACCUGGGAGUUCUGUGGGUCCUGGCACACGGGCAGCUGGAAAGUUCGACCUCAGACGUCUUCACAGGGAGUCUCGCUGCGUUGGACGGCGUUUACUGCUUGUCCCUGUUACUCGAUGUGGCGAACACGCUCUCGCUGGACGAUGACGAUGUCUCUCGCGCCCUCCUCUUCCUGUUUGGACUGAGCGAGAUCGGUGGGCCUCUCUUCCUGUCUUGCGUUUGUUUGGAUCGCUACAUGGCUGUGUCGCACCCCGUGGCCUUUAUGCGUUUGCGAGACGGCCGCUAUCGUACGUUAUGCACCGCUCUGGUCUUAACGGCGACUCUGGGCUACUCGCUCUUCACGUCCGCCGCGAACUUCGAGCACAACGAUUGCAUCUUCAUCGCCCUGUUCAUGGCCGCCUUCCUCAUCAUCAUCUUCUGUAACCUGGCCCUGCUGCGCGCGUUGAAGCAGACCGGGCCGUCCAGCCAAGAGGUGCACCCCGUUAAGAGACGAGCCUUCUCCGCCGUCCUCCGCAUCUUCAUCCUCAUCAUCAUCGCUUUCCUCCCGGCUGCCGUCGUCUUCCCCUACGAGCACCUCCUUCCCGAGGAGACGUUUGAGUGUUACGUCUACCCCGUCUGCUACGCCUUCAUCGCCUCCCGCGCCGCCCUGCAACCCCUCCUCUUCCUCAGCAGGCUCGUAAAAGUGCCCUGCUUAAACCCCGCCUCCUAA